AUGGUGGACAAGGACAAAGACGCCAAGGACUCCCUCUCGAUCAAGUCGGGCCGCUCCGCCAGCGCCGAGACCAUCCUCCCCGAGGUCGCGUACGAGAUUGACGCCGAAAAGGCCACGCAUACUGGCGCAAGCGGCCAGCAGGCUCAUCCACAGUUCGCCAUUCCGCGCUCGGUCACUAUCCAGGAUGACGAGACGGCGCAGCGCGAGUUACGCCUCAGAAGGCAGAAUUCGGUAGGCGCGGGGCCGAGGCAGGUGGAUACGACUAGCAGGCUGGUUGGCGAGUUCAGGACCCUCUCGAUCCAUGUGACCGACUCGCUCCGCCACCCGGAGCAGACCGAGGCAAAGCGUACCGCUGUGCGCGAGCUUACGGAGCUCGACUGGCACAAGCUGGACGACAAGGAAGUGUGCCAGCGCCUGAACGUGUCCCCCAAGGCGGGUCUGGACCGGGAUCAGGUGAAGCGCCGCCUGAACUCCAGUGGAUACAACGAGAUGACGCCUCCGUCGAACAAUGUCCUCAUGAAGUGGUUCUGGUACGUGUUCGGCGGCUUCGGCACCAUCCUCUUCAUCGCCUCGGUACUCUGCUUCAUUGCGUGGCGCCCGCUCGGCGACCCCAACCCCUCGGCCGCCAACCUCGCCCUCGCCGUCGUGCUGCUCAUCGUUAUCGUGAUCCAGACCGCGUUCAAUGCAUACCAGGACUGGUCGACUGGCAAGGUCAUGGCGUCCAUCAUGAACCUGCUCCCGCAGCAGGUCACGGUGCUCCGUGACGGCGCCCAGGUCCAGAUCGAGGGUCGCGAGAUCGUCCCCGGCGACCUGGUCUACAUCUCGCUCGGCAACAAGCUCCCUGCCGACGUCCGCUUCCUCCAGACUUCGAGCGACUUCCGCCUCGAUCGCGCCGUGCUCACGGGCGAGUCGGAGCCGAUUGCGGGCGUAACACACACGACGGACGAUAACUUUCUCGAGUCCAAGAACAUCGGUUUGCAGGGUACGCUCUGCGUCGGAGGUAGCGGUCUCGGCAUCGUGAUCCAGACGGGAGACAACACAGUGUUCGGCCGCAUCGCUGCGCUCUCGGCACAGGGCGGACCGGCUUUGACGACGCUGCAGCGCGAGAUCGCACACUUUGUUUGGAUCAUUGUCGGGUGUGCGCUCACCAUUGCCCUCAUCAUCAUCAUUCUGUGGGCCGCGUGGCUGAACCCGAAACACAAGGGUUUCAUGUCCGCCUCAACGCUCGUUAUCAACGUCGUCUCCGUCUGCGUCGCUUUCAUCCCCGAAGGCCUACCCAUCUCCGUAACUGUGUCUCUGUCCGUCAUUGCGCGCACGCUCGCCAAGAACAAGGUGCUGUGCAAGACGCUCAUGACGGUGGAGACUCUGGGCUCCGUCUCCGUGCUCUGUUCUGACAAGACGGGCACGCUCACGCAGAACCAGAUGACGGUCACCUCGGUCGCUGUAUUCGAGGACGAGAUGGACAGUCUGGCCGCCCGCGACAGGAUCGUGGCGCAGCAUGACAGUGCCGAUUCCGUGCGCCAGCUCGCCGCCGUCGCCGGAGUAUGCAACGCUGCCUCGUUCGAUGCAUCGACGCUCGACCAGCCCCUCGGCCUGCGCAAGGUCCACGGCGACGCGACCGACAGUGCGAUCCUCCGCUGGGCCGAGUUCCUGCGUCCUGUGUCCGAGUCCCAGAGCGAGUGGACCGAGAUCUUCAAGAUGAACUUUUCCUCCAAGACAAAGUUCAUGCUCAAGCUGCUCCGUCCGAGCUCGACAGGCAAGCUGACCGGCAAUCCCGCCCCUGUGUCUCAGUACGAGGCGUUUAAUGAUGGCGACGCCAUCCUGCUCACGAAGGGAGCGCCCGAUGUCCUCCUCAAGCGCUGCAGCUCCAUCAACGAUGCGUCCGGUGGUCCCUCGCUGCCCCUCACGGAGCAGCGCCGCGCCCAGCUCGUCGCGGUCCAGGAACGCUGGGCGGCAAAGGGCCAGCGCGUCCUCCUCGUCGCCAAGCGUGUCAUCCCCGCCUCCCAGCUCUCGGGCUGGGACACGGCCAGUGACGAGUUCGCAGACCACGUCAAUCUCUCACUCAACCAGGAUCUGACUGUCGUUGGUCUCCUCGGUCUCGUCGACCCCCCUCGGCCCGACAUCCCCGACACGAUCCGUACUCUCCGCGCCGCGGGCAUCAAAGUCUUCAUGGUCACUGGCGACUUUGCGCUUACGGCCGUCGCGAUCGCCGAGCAGUGCGGCAUCGUCACUGCACGUCGCCGCGCAACGCUCACCGAUCUUCCCCGCCAAGCGCCGGAACUCCACGGCGGCCUGCCCGACAUUGGCAAGGGGUGCGAGCCCGUUGACACACUGAGUACGGAAGAAGCAGUCCUUGCGCCUGUCGACCGCGCCCUCGUCCUUUCCGGCUCGGACCUCAUGCAAAUGUCCGAAGACCAGUGGGCGCAGGCAUGCACGUACCCCGAGAUCGUGUUUGCGCGCACUACGCCCGAGCAAAAGCUCCGGAUUGUGAAGGAGUUCCAGGCUCGCGGGGCCGUCGUCGGCAUGACGGGCGAUGGCGUCAAUGACGCGCCGAGUCUCAAGGCGGCAGACGUCGGGAUUGCCAUGGGCGGCGGCUCUGAUGUCGCCAUGGAGGCGGCUGAUCUGGUGCUCCUCGAGAGCUUCAGCAGCAUGGUCGUCGCUGUCACGUACGGAAGGCUCGUGUUUGAUAACCUGAAGAAGACGAUUCUCUACCUCCUCCCUGCCGGCUCGUUCUCCGAGCUCACGCCCAUCCUCAUCUGCGUCCUCUUCGGUCUGCCUCAGAUGAUGUCCUCGAUCGACAUGAUCCUUGUCUGCUGCUUGACCGACGUUUUGCCUGCUGUAUCGAUGUGCUUCGAGAAGCCCGAGACCGGUCUCCUUCUCCGCCCGCCCCGAGACAUCAAGAAGGACAAGCUCGUCAACUGGAAACUCCUCUUCCACGCUUAUGCCGUGCUCGGUGUCCUCGAGUCGCUGUGCGCCUUCUCCAUGGCGUUCUGGUACCUGCAGCGUGCGGGCUACCCCUUUUCGAAGAUUGUGUUCGCCUUCGGCGGCCUGCCGCCCGACCUGGACGCGGACGAUUUCAACGAGCAAGUCGCGCGCGCGCAAAGCGUCUACUUCUUCACCCUCGUGUUCAUGCAGUGGGGCAACCUGCUCGCGACGCGCACCCGCCGCCUGAGUAUCUUCCAGCACAACCCCUUCUGGGGCCCGGCGCGCAACCUCUUCGUGCCCUGCGCCAUGGCGGCGAGUAUCGCCUUCCUGUUCUUCUUCUCCUACGUGCCCUUCUUCCAGAAGGCAUUCGUCACGCGCGGCGUCCCCGUCGAGUACAUCUUCAUCCCGAUCGCCUUUGCUGUGGCCCUGCUCCUGCUCGACGAGGCGAGGAAAUACUGCGUGCGCACUUGGCCCAAGGGCUUCCUCGCCAAGAUUGCGUGCAGCGAUGUGAGGUCAGUGGCUUUCGGGAAUCUCGGAUGGGGGGAUCGCAUAAGGUUGAAUGCCGCCGGACCGCUUGCCGGCGCGCCAAUGCCGCGCCAGGGUGAGCAGCUGACCAGUCUGACAGCUGACAGAGCACAUGCGUCUUCCCUCCCUUCUCACCACCACAGCCCGACACCUCAGCACAUCCUCGCCCGCCAUGUCGACCAUCAAGUCCGACCCCAAGACCUACAUCUUCAACCACACCAUUUCUACGAGGAGGUCCUCGGCAUGGAGUCGGACGGCGGCGACUUCACCAACUACUUCCUCGGCUACCCGUCCGGAUUCGGCGACAAGGCCAACGCCUCCAAGGAGGUCAAGGGCGACAACUUUACCAACCGCGAGGGCGUCCUCGAGCUCUGCCACAACUGGGGCACUGAGAACGACCCCAACUUCAAGGGCUACGCCAGCGGCAACGAGGAGCCCGGCCGCGGCUUCGGCCACAUCUGUAUCGCUGUCGACGACCUGCACGCCGCGUGUAAGCGCUUCGACGAGCUCGGCGUCAAGUUCAAGAAGCGCCCCGAGGAGGGCCGUAUGCGCCACAUCGCCUUCAUCUACGACCCCGACGGAUACUGGAUCGAGAUCCUCUCCCGCAAGCCUGGUCAGGAGGGUGCCUAA